UUAUGUGUGUGUUUCUGAAGCGUUUUGGAUUGGAGAUGCAGAGAGAAAGGGCAGUUUCGAGGAAGUGACGGACGAGGCUCAGGGGACUGGUCAGAGGAAGUUUACUUGAUGGUGGUGCCGUGCUGCUGAACCAAACUUUUCCCCCUUGAGCACCAGCGGCACCGUGGAUCGGGGACGGACGGAUCCAGCGGCGCUGGGAGCUUUUGUUUCCUCGCCACACGAGCAGUACUGAGGAAUAACUUGAGGUCGGGAGAAAAAAAAAAAAACGGGAAUCGCAGUGGAAUUUCACUCCCGCAACCAAGCCCCCCCCCUUUUUCUUCUCUUCCCCGCGCCUCCUCCGGGUUUUUUUCUGGGAUUCGCGAUGGGGAAGGAGCAGGAACUUCUUGAAGCGGCGCGGACGGGGAACCUGGCCGCCGUGGAGAAGCUUUUAUCCGGGAAGCGACAGUCCGCUGGCACCGGCAGCGGUUUGUAUGGUACCGGUGGAAGCGGCAACAGCGGCGGGCACGGCGCCUCCUCUCAUCCGCUCUCCAGUCUGCUCAGUAUCUGGAGAGGCCCCAAUGUGAAUUGUGUGGACAGCACUGGAUACUCCCCUCUCCACCACGCCGCCCUAAAUGGACACAGCGAGGUGGUGGAGGCGCUGCUACGAAACGAGGCCUUGACCAACAUCGCCGACAACAAGGGCUGCUACCCUCUCCAUCUGGCCGCAUGGAAGGGAGAUGAACAUAUCGUCAAACUGCUCAUUCACCAAGGGCCUUCGCACCCCAAACUCAACGAGCAGAGCUCUGUAGACCAUAAAGAGUUCAAACGCUGUGGGCCCUUUGACCCCUAUAUUAAUGCCAAGAACAAUGACAAUGAGACGCCGCUGCACUGUGCUGCUCAGUAUGGCCACACCCGGGUGGUGCGGCUGCUGCUGGAGGAGCUGACCGACCCCACCAUGAGGAACAACAAGUUUGAGACUCCACUGGACCUGGCUGCGCUGUAUGGCCGCCUGGAAGUAGUCAAGCUGCUGCUCUGUGCCCACCCCAACCUGCUCAGCUGCAACACCAAGAAACACACGCCGCUGCAUCUGGCCUCUCGGAACGGACACCUGUCUGUGGUGGAGGUGCUGCUGGACGCUGGCAUGGACAUCAACUACGAGACGGAGAAAGGCAGUGCUCUCCACGAAGCAGCCUUGUAUGGGAAGACGGAUGUGGUACAGAGACUUCUCAGUGCAGGUAUCGAUGUGAACAUCGUCGACACGAAGGGCAAGACAGCGCAGGACACUGUUAAGGCCAUGCCCUCCCAGAAAAGCAGAGAGAUAGCUGCUUUGAUCCAAGGUCACAUGGCUGGAAUAGCCCCUGUCAUAGACCUCCCCCCUCCACCAAUCCCUCCACCUCAGGAGAGUCCCAGCCCACGGAAAAAGGGUGACAUGGAGAAGGUCAGUGAGCUGAUCUCGGGGCUGGCCCCGAGGCCCGAGGAGGAGAGCCCCUACGAGGCUCUGUUUGAAGCCACUUCCUGUCACUCUCUGGACAGCCUCACCAGCGGCAAGUCCUCUGACCGAGACUCUGGACGGCCGGACAGUGAAGCUGGCAAGAAAGAACGCACGGUCCACUCAUCACAUCCUGGUCCUGGUCAUGAAGAAGAAGUGAGCUCCGAGGCCCUGUAUACUAAUAGCAGUAUUGAUGAGAGAGGCGAGCCAGUGGAGGAGGAGGAUCACACAUAUGAGUUGUUGCUGACGGCACAGACCAAACACCCACCGCCCAGCCAGGAGUCCCAAUCCAAUAAAGAUGAGAACACCACUAUACAGUCCUCCACCAGUGCCCUACCUCAGCGUAAACCCACUGCCCCAAGCGACCUCAGAACCCCAAGCAGGACGAAAGACACCCUGCACCCUCCUGGACGGGUGAGCCCACGGGCACCAGGAGAUAACUCGCAGCUCAGCCAGGAUCAGGGAGCAGGUGUCCCGGAGGUGUUCACUGGCCUGCUGCACGGAUCCUCCCCCGUCUUCGACAGCCGCGAGGAACCCUUCAGGCUUCCAGGUGUUGCGCCAUCCAGCCAGGUCCAGCCGGAAUCAAGAAAAACUGCCAAAGUAAAAGAGGAAGUAGCAGCAGCGGCACCGCCACCUAGCCGCCCCAGUAUGGCCGCCAUCCUGACAGACUGUGAUCCAAAAGCAAUUUAUGCAACUGUGAACAAGGAGCCCAGGGACUUGGGGACUGGGGCAGUGUGUGCCGUUCGGAUGCGCCCUCCUGGGGACCUGAAACUGGCACGCAGCCUCUCCAAGUCUGACUCCGACUUGCUCGUGUCGCCCCCUAGUGAGGAGGACGGGGGGUUGGGAAACCGAAGCGAGUCUGUUUCUAACUGUAGCACUGGCAAGAAGAGGCUUGAGAAAUCUCCCUCUUUCACCUCAGAAUGGGACGAGCAGAAACGGACGACUUCUCCCGCCACAAAACAGCGAAGAUCAAAUUCCUUUGACAGCAUCGAGAAGAUCAUGACACUGAUUGGUGCCGGCAUCGAUUUUUCCAGAGAUCAGCAAUAUGCUACACCAGCAGGUGCUGCCGGCCGGCUGCUGGACCAGCCCGUGGGAGACUGGCUGGAGCACGUGGGGCUGCCGCAGUACGAGAGCAAACUACUCCUCAAUGGUUUCGACGACCUGCACUACAUGGGGACCAAUGUAAUGGAGGACCAGGACUUGAGAGAGAUUGGGAUCACAGACCCAAGUCACAGAAAGAAGAUCCUGCAUGCAGCACGUUCGUUACCCAAGGUGAAAGCGCUGGGCUGUGACGGAAGCAGCUCCCUCUCCUCUUGGCUGGAGAAUCUGGGCCUGCACGAGUACUUGCACAACUUCCUGACCAGCGGCUACCGCACUCUGGACUGUGUCAAAAACCUGUGGGAGCUGGAGAUUGUCAAUGUGCUAAAGAUCUCCCUACUUGGGCACAGGAAACGCAUCAUUGCUUCCUUAGCGGAGAGGCCCUAUGAGGAACCUCCAGUCAAGCCUCCUCGUUUGUCUCAGAUCAGGUGCCAAGACCUUCCUGGAUCCCAGACCUCGUCCCCCCUCAAUCCGAUGGAGUCCUACACAGGACGCUCAAUGGACCCUCUGCUGCCAAUAGUAGAGCCAGGGAGGAAAAAAGUCCAAGAUACUGACUAUGACGUUACCCAAAGAUAUCGCAGUGAACGACACAGACCACACGAACGGUAUGAAGAACGGCAUCGAGAGCCCCGUCUGACCCUGAGGCCUCCAAGUCUGGCAGCACCCUACGCCCCGGUCCAGAACUGGCAUCACCAACCUGAGAAACUUAUCUUUGAAUCCUGCGCCUACGAAGCCAGUUACCUCGGUUCGAUGCUUAUUAAGGAUCUAAGAGGUACCGAGUCCACGCAGGAUGCCUGUGCCAAAAUGCGGAGGUCGACGGAACAAAUGAGAAAAGUCCCUACCAUCGUCCUCUCGAUCACCUACAAGGGUGUGAAGUUCAUCGAUGCAGCCAAUAAGAACAUCAUCGCAGAGCACGAGAUCCGUAAUAUUUCGUGUGCAGCCCAGGACCCAGAGGACUUGUGCACAUUUGCCUACAUCACCAAGGACCUGCAGACCAGCCACCACUACUGCCAUGUGUUCAGCACAGUAGACGUGAAUCUGACCUAUGAGAUUAUACUGACGCUCGGCCAAGCGUUUGAGGUAGCCUAUCAGCUGGCUCUGCAGGCCCAGAGGACCAAACAGCACCAGAACCUCCCAGUGGGACCCGGUUCAGAGGUCAUCGAAACCAAGUCCAGCAGACCUGUACCCAAACCGCGAGGCAGCAUACGGAAGUCGUCGGGGGAGAUCGUGGAGCAGGAGGGGGAUUCUCAGUCCCAGAGCAGCGCCACGUGGCUCGUGGACCCCAAGGAAUCCAAGCGCACUAUCAGCACUAACUGAACACUGUGGCCACUCCCAGCCAGUAAGAAAGGACAGGAAUGAGCCCUGUUGCAUGGUGGGUAGGAUGUUUAGUGACCCACUUUGCAUGCAGCAGAAUCACAUCACCAGUUGGAUCAACCUAACCACAGUAACACACGAGCCUGGAGACAAACAGACGUAAAGCUUUCAACACUACACAGGCCACCGUAAAGCAAAGUAAAGUAAUGCUUGCCCCAGAGUCGGAUGUAUUUGUUGUGCUUUAUGCAUUUCCUGAGAAAUGAAUCAUUGCCUCCUAACACCGAUCAGGCCUCCCUCAUAGAGGGUUAGUGUUUACACUUUGAGGAAAUGUACCUACGAUGUCACAGUGCAGAACCUGUAGUUUUAAGGGGAAGUGACAGAGAUGAGGAACAUUACUGUUAUGGUACAAAGGUACAAAUGAUCAGACCGAGAUCUCGCACUGUAUGAACACGCUCAUUCCUGGAUUAUUCGUCCUGUAUCCACACAUUUGUAGCGUCUCUACAUGACCAUCAGCUUGUCAUCCACAACAUACAUGUGUAACUGUGAUAAACAAUGAAAUCUUGCACGGGAGGAGCUCUAACCAAACAAAAAAAAAGGGCAGAGGAACUGACACUACAAAAACUGUUUUAUAAUAAUAAUAAUAAUAAUAAUAAUAAUAUAACGGGGUGAUUUUUAUUUGAUUUGAAAGUUUUUGCUAUAUGUUUUAAUUGUUUUUAGGACAACGAUGUGUCCUAACGCUGGAACUGGAUCAGGUGUGGUUCACUGAAGCUCUCUCUCUUUCCCUGCUCCUUUGUUCAGUUAAUCUAGACGAGAAUAUUAACCAAACCUGCCAUGCAGGCUGGUAUGUCUUUAGAUAUUAGCUGCAGAACAGAACAAUAAGGCACACAGCAUGCUUCUCUUAGCUAACUCCCAGUAUGUUGACUGUUAAUGGUACUCUUUGGUCAGCCAAUGUGUAUAUGGGUAGUCUGGUCGUUUUGAUUUAACUGUUGUAUAUGUGGUACGUUGUCAGGCCAGUACGAUAACUCUAUGGUACACUGUCUUCAGCUCGCUGGUGUCGGCACCUUCGGCCAUCAGCCUGGUCCCGUUCUGCUUUUGCACAUUGGUAAGAAUCAGGAGAGAUAUUUAGGGACUAAUCUGAUGACAACAAUGAUGAGAAUGAUAUUGUACAUGAAUCUAGCGGUCUGUAUUUUGAUACUUGAAUGAUUUUUGCUUUUAUAGAUAUCUAUAUAUAUGUAUAUGUCUGUAUGUACGUAUGUAAUUUUUGACUUUUGUCAAAAGAGAGAAAAGGACUAUGUCUUAUAAAGUUAAACAUAUCGUGAAUAAAUACCCUGUGAUUUAAAAAAAAAAAAAAAAAAGACUCAGAAGAGGGACCUCACUUCCGGAAAAAAAAAGAUUGUAAAUAAUCUUGGGCUUCCAGUGUUUUUUAAGAUUAUUUUUCAUAAUUGUAAAACUAAUAAAUGGCGCAAUUAGAAA